GGUCUGCAGCCGUGGUCUGCCCGGGGGUCUUGUGGAUGCUCUAGUGAUGAAUGAAGAGUGACAGAUCGGGGUUAUCCGCCAGGGGAGUCCAUUUUCUUUGCAGUGCACGCUGAGAUAUAGCAAGAAGAGAGCGAGGCGUGAAGAGAACCCCUCCCCUCUUCUACCUCUCUCUCGUUCGCUCUCUCUCUCGUUCGCUCUCCACUCCGAUGCAUCAGUGAGCUUCAGGCGGCUCCACGCCGCAUUGCCGCUGCUCCAUCUCACUCAAGUCACACACAGGGACUCAAACAGUGGACGCUGGAUUUAGGGGAUCUUCUAGAAGAUGGACAUGCAACACAUUCCUUCCUUUUUCUUCGCUUGCCAUCCCCAGGCGAUGCUGAUUCUAGAUGCGGCACGGCCACAUAUUUGGAUGUAACCCACAAGUUUGCGCCUCAUGAAUGCAGCAAAUUGUUUGUAUUUUUCUUGAGUGAAACGGCAAUUCGUCGGAGCUGUCUCCAUCAUGGCUGUUGACUGAAUGGAAGAGCAGAAGAGUACAUGAAGGUGCACUUUCCGGAAGUCCGCAAUCCCCCCGCACGAUGCAGAUCCUCUCACCCGGGAUGCUAUUGGUGAUACUCCUCGUCAAUGCACAAGUGUGUUUGUCCGUGACAAACAAUGAGGGCGGAAAAGAGGUCCUGAUCCCGCACCCCAUCGGGACUUCCAGCGGCUCACCCCGGGAUAUUCGGCAAAGCAAAACCAGAGACCGCGCCACAGGUGAGACCCCGGUGGCAAUCAUCCGAGGGACCUUUAACUCCACGCGACCAUGGAAACGAGGGGUUGCGGGAGAAGUGAGGCGCUUUGCACACAACAAGCACGACUUGAAUAGGACGCUGACACCCGUGGAGGAUGCGGUCUCCCAUUGGGAAACGAUGCACCGCCGUAGUAAGAGGAUAAAGUUGAAUGGCGGGGUGAAUGGUGCGGGCACCCCGGCAGGUGGACACCACAAUACGCUUAAGACCUCCUCAAUGGGUGGAGGGGGGCCCACGGAGGGAGAUCGACACAGGAGGGGAACAAAAGAGGAGAAAGCUUGGAAGAGGGGGAGAACCCGCCUGAAUAAAAGCUCAGCUCUGGCUCAGCCUCACGCGUCGUCAUGGGAACCCGUCCCCAAGCCGGUGGCCCUCACGGCCACCGACGCGCCCUUCGAACUCUUCACCAGGAAGCCCGAGCUCUUCACCUUCCGGGAGGAGAACCCUUGGGACGCCACGCCGAUCACGCCGCCUGGCUCGCAGGACUUUGGCGACGAGAUCAAGAACCCGUUCUACCCGGUGACCACCGAGACGUACGGCGCUUACGCCAUCACCUGUGUCUCCGGGGUGAUCUUCCUGGUGGGCAUCGCGGGCAACGUCGCCAUCUUGUGCAUCGUGUGCCAAAACUACUACAUGAAGAGCAUUUCCAACUCGUUGCUGGCUAACUUGGCUGUGUGGGAUUUUGUGCUCAUCUUGUUCUGCCUCCCCAUGGUGGUCUUCCAUGAGUUAACCAAGUCCUGGCUGCUGGGGGAGGUCACCUGCAGAGUGGUGCCGUAUAUGGAGGUGGCCUCCCUGGGCGUGACAACCUUCACGCUAUGCGCGCUGUGCAUCGACCGCUUCCGGGCGGCCACCAAUGUCCAGAUGUACUACGAAAUGAUCGAAAACUGCACGUCCACCACCGCCAAGCUGGCCGUCAUCUGGAUCGGAGCGCUCCUCCUAGCGCUGCCCGAACUGCUCAUCCGACAACUGGUGACAGAAGAGGCCGAAAUCCCGGACGAGCCUCCCGUGGAGCGCUGCGUGAUCCGGAUCUCCACCGCCCUCCCCGAUAUGCUCUACGUGCUGGGUUUGACGUACGAGGGCGCCCGGCUGUGGUGGUGCUUCGGUUGCUACUUCUGUCUGCCCACCCUCUUCACUAUCGGGUGCUCGCUGGUGACGGCGCGGAAGAUCCGGCGGGCCGAGCAAGCCAGCGUGCGUAGCAACAAGAAGCAGAUCCGCCUGGAGAGUCAGAUGAACUGCACGGUGGUGGCGCUGGCCAUCGUCUACGGCGCUUGCGUGGUGCCCGAGAACAUCUGCAAUAUAGUGUCCGUGUACAUGGCGGCCGGCGUUCCCGAGAACACCAUGUCCGUGCUCCACCUGCUCUCUCAGUUGCUGCUCUUCUGCCGGGCGGCGGUGACACCCGUGUUGCUGCUCCUGCUGUGUCGCCCGCUGGGCAGGGCCUUUUUGGACUGCUGCUGUUGCUGCUGCUGCAGCCGCACGCCUUCAUCCACCACGGCCAGCGACGAUAACGAACACGAGUGCACCACCGAACUGGAGCUGUCGCCGUUCAGCACCAUUCGCCGGGAGCUGAGCAACUACACGCCGGCCGGAUCUCACUGCUAAGGUCUGUUUGGUUUCCCGGCGCAUGAUGAAAAACGGUUUGCCAAGCAGAAAAGCAUUACGGCGUUCCCCCGCUUUAUCAAGGUUCAGCAUUCGGAAGCUAAAAGAUAGCAACAGUCCGCUAAAACACAACAAGCACGAAGAUGCUUCUUUAUUAACAAUGCCGUAAAUGGGCAACCAGAGUUGUACUGAAAGAAUGAGUGAUAUUUACUUGAGAAAAAAUUAUCCUAAUAACUAAGACAAUUGUAAUGAAGAGAGUAAAAUUCAACAACAAUAUAUCAAAUAUAUAGAUAUUAUAUGAAUAUAUUAGAAAAUUAGAAUUUCGGAGGAAACCUGAAAAUUUUUUUAGGCGUGGAGUCAAACUUGUGACAUCACUCAUCAGGCCACACCCAUUCAAGAAACCCUACACAAGAAUACUGCAGUGUGUGUGCGUGUUUUGGAAUGUUUGUGCCACUAUUGGAAUGGGUGGUGAAGAAUGCGUGAGUGUGCGUAUAUAACUUUUUUUUUAAUUACUCUUCUUGAAACCACUCUUAACACUCUUUUAUUUGGUUGUUUAAAUGUAUAUUCUUUUCAAUUUCUGGUUUUAAAAUCCAGUGCUAUUUGUACAAAAUUAUCGUGGGUUAAUUUAGAGGCUGGAACGGAUUAAUGGCAUUUUGAUUCGUUUCAAUGGGGAAAUUUGAUUUGAUACGCAAACUUGGUCAAGGCAAAACACCCGGACCAGUCCCCGCCGCUAGACAAAUUCUUCUCACACUAAUAUAACAUCCAGUAUUUUCUAUAUAUUUUAUGCUUGCAUUUUUUUGUAUUUACAUACAUUUACAAUGUUUUAAAAAAAAUACAUUUAAAGCUUUUUUUUUUUUUGCCUUGGCAGAGCUCUAAGCACUGAUUUGCAUGUGGAAAUUCACAAAAUUGGAAUCAAAACAACUCCUCCGCCACUCAGUUAAUGCCAUCCGGUAAAAGUUGACACUGCCUGACAGUACCACUCUGUUUACAUAUAAAAUCUACUGUAAUUGUUGUUACAAGGUGACGGCAGAUUGUUGUGGUUUUUAGCUUGCACGUUGUGUUGAAAUCCAAAACUGUGUCCAAAAAAAAUUGCAAAAUAUUUGAUCUCAUUUAGGACGUCAGUACAGUAGAUUGUGCAAGUGUACUUAAUGAAGUGUCUACACUGUACAUAUUAAAUAAACACUUUACCGUGACAUUACUGGGCUGGUCUCAGAGAAGCGUAAACAAAUGAAAAGGUUCUCAACGGACUCACGAAAUGGAUCGCGAUGGAAUAUGAAACAGCAUGGACGUCACUGAUUGCCCACUAACACUGUUGUAUCAUAUUACACCUUGCACUUGGGGGGGUUGUAUAUAUUAAAAAAAAUAAAUAAACUGUACACACUUCGGUGCUCUUAUGAUGAAUGCGCUGUAAACUAGAAUUCAAUCAGUACCAUUAGAAUCGAUUGAAAGUCGAGUGCUACCACAAGCAUGUGAAACAGCGCCAAAGUGGCGACUUUUAAAAAGUGUAAAAAUGACGAAUCAAUUUGUGUAUUGUACUGUAAAUGUUUUUUUUUUUUUUACGCCCUGAAAGAUAAAUUUGAAAAUAUUGUCGCUCAUUACAAUCAAGUCAAGUGAGGGGGAAAACAGCCAAAAAUAUGUUUACAUUUAUACUUACAGUCGCCCUAUAAAAUAACAUAAUCAAGAUUUUGAUGAAUUUAAAUUUAUCUUCAUCAAACUUGUAUGUGUCAAGUUCACUUUUAAGUUACAGAAGUGUUGAAUGUGGAGUAAAAAUGUUUGACUAGCACAUACUCGCAAAUAUGCUCGAAUGUACUUAUUAGCUAAAUGCUACAAAGAUUUAGCAUUUAGUUUACAAGUACAUUUGGAUAUUUUUGUGUCUACGUUCAAACUUAUUUGCCAAUCAAAAGUUUUUGCUGCACAUCGGCAGUUCCACGAAUUUGGAAUAUAUUCCCCAAGAAACAAGAAAAGGCUAAAUCAUAGCUAAAUGCUAAAUCAAGCUAAAUGCUACAAACAAAGAUUUAGCAUUUAGCUUACAAGUACAUUUAGACAUUUUUUGUGUCUACAUUCAAACUUAUUUGCCAGUGAAAAGUUUUUACUUAUUAGCUAAAUCCUACAAAGAUUUAGAAUUUAGUUUACAAGUACAUUGGAUAUUUUGUGUCUACGUUCAAACGUAUUUGGCAAUGAAAAGUUUUUACUGCCCAUCGGCAGUUCCACAAAUUUGGAAUAUAUCCCCCGAGAAACAAGAAAAGGCUAAAUCAUAGCUAAAUGCUAAAUCAAGCUAAAUGCUACAAACAAAGAUUUAGCAUUUAGGUUACGAGUACAUUUAGACAUUUUUUGUGUCUACAUUCAAAUUUAUUUGCCGGUGAAAAGUUUUUACUGCACACUGGCAGUUCCUCAGAUCCGUAAUAUCUCCCUCGAGAUACAAGAGAAAGCUAAAUUACAAUUUUUCCUCUGUCAGCACUUUUUCGCACUUUGUUAUUAUCACGCCAUGUCCAAGCAAGAACCGUAUUGAUUAUGGAUAAUGCAAGAUUUUACAAAGGUCUGACUGGUGCAAGAUGUUUUUUCCCCCCUCACUGCUAAUUAGCAAUUGCCUCCUGAGGACGACUCGUGUUUUCUUCUUAGACUGACCAAAAAGAAUAAAAACAAGCCUUAUAAUAUUAUCCUCUGUGUAUCACAAUCAAUUGAUUACUUCACUGCCAAACUUUCUAACCGUCUUGUGGUAGCAACCGUUUCUAGCACUCACAUACGAGGUCAGUUUGUCCAAAGUCGACAAUCCCAAAGGUUGACCAACCUACCCUGGUGCUAUGUUCAAACCUGAUCACAAAUCACACUCAUUAUUUCAAUUCAAGUCCGGAUUUUGUGACUGAAGUCAAACUGACCUUUUUCCGGGACAUUUUACGCAAGGGGUUGGGCCGAUUCUAAGUGGUUCGGUGUGUAGUUUUGUGCGGUUUAAGGUGUUGAUGAAGUGGUUCUUGUGGCAUACGAUAUCUAUUCCCAAACUGUGUGAGUGUCCUCUGUCCAUAAUUGGUGUCUGCCAAUGUAAGCACAUGCACUGUUGUCUUCAACCCCGCUCGCUGGUUUCUAAAUAGCUUUUUAUAUAGCCCAAAACUGUCACUUUGUCUAUCAAAGAAUGGAAAACUGUACAUUAAAACCCUUAAAUCAGA